GCGGAACUUACCACAUCCACGACCAUGGGGAUCAAAGGGCUGAUGAAGCUAUUGACGGACGAAGCACCAGGCUGCGUGAAGGAGCUCCAGAUGUCUGCAUUGAGCGGACGGAGUGUGGCCAUUGAUGCCAGUAUGGCGCUGUACCAGUUCUUAGUGGCCGUGCGAAGCAACGGCGAGCACGGCGGCGCCGCCCAAAUGCUCACAAACGACGCGGGCGACGUCACGUCCCACAUCCAAGGCAUGUUCAAUCGAACGAUUCGCUUGAUGGAGAAUGGACUCAAGCCUGUGUACGUGUUCGACGGGAAGCCGCCCGUGAUGAAAGGCGGUGAACUGGCCAAGCGCACGGAGCGGCGACAGACUGCGCAGGACAACUUGAAGACCGCGACCGAAGAAGGCAACGUCGAGGACAUUGAAAAGUUCAACAAGCGCUUGGUCCGUGCCACGCCCCAACACAACAACGACUGCAAGGAACUUCUCGCUUUAAUGGGGGUGCCAUUCAUCAACGCCCCGUGCGAAGCCGAAGCGACGUGUGCCGCGCUGGCCAAGCACAACAAGGUGUUUGCCUCGGGCACGGAAGACAUGGACGUGAUGACGUUUGGCACGCCGGUGCUCUUUCGUCGGCUGACCAUCGCCGCCAGUCGCAAGCUGCCGAUUCUGGAAAUCAAACUCGAUAAGGUGUUGGCCGAACUCGAACUCAGCUACGAACAAUUUGUCGACUUAUGCAUCUUGUGCGGGUGUGACUAUUGCGAUUCCAUCCGCGGCGUCGGCCCCAAGAAAGCCUUGUCUGCGAUCAAGGAGCACAAAUCUAUCGAAAACUAUGUCACCCACUUGCAAGCCCAUCCAAGCAAAGGGAUCACAGUGCCAGACGAAUGGCUCGGCGAAGACGCCAUCUACAAGCAAGCGCGCGCCAUGUUCCUCGAGCCAGACGUGAUCGACAUGGCGGACGUGGACAUCAAGUGGAAGGACCCGAACGUGGAUGAUCUGCGCCAAUUCCUUGUCGAUAAGCACGGAUUCAGCCUCGACCGUGUCAUGAACGCUAUUGAAAAGCUCAAAAAAGCCAAAACAUCGCACUCCCAGCAGCGCAUGGAGAGCUUCUUCACGGUGUUGCCGUCAUCUGACUCGAAAUUGAAGCGAAAGGCCGACGACAAGAAAGCGGCCAAGGCCAAGGGAACUGCCGCCGCCAAGCGAGGACGCAAAAAGUAGAAACACCAUGAUACAUGACACACUAGUCUGUAAUCUAUCUACGAACGUGGUGGAUAGAGGAGGCCA